AAAUGCACAAUCCAUCAGAUGCUUGCAUUUGCUUCAGGUUCAAGCAUAGAAAUUCCCUCUAGCUCAAUCAUGGCAGCUAGAAUUUUCCAGCUCUGCUUAUGCAUUUUCUUCUUCACCUUGGCCUUUCCACUCUCCUCUCAUGCAAUCCCAUCAAAACCCAAUGCUAAAAAACCAUCAUCCUUUGACUUCAUCAAGCAUUUGGAAGGUUGCCAUAAGGGUGAAACAGUAGAAGGCCUCCAACAGCUCAAGAAGUAUCUUGAGAAACUCGGUUAUUUGAACUAUAACCACUCCCAAGAUCAAAGCCAUGCCAACGAUGACGAUUUUGAUGACUUGUUGGAGGCUGCUGUCAAAACAUACCAGCUGAAUUACCAUUUGAAGGCCACCGGAACUCUAGACGCCCAAACAGUGUCUAAAAUGUCUAGCCCUCGAUGUGGAGUCGCUGAUAUCGUCAAUGGCACCAAUUGGAUGCGAGCGGGAAAAAAAAGGCCGAAUCAUGGCCAUAACGCUCUCCACACAGUGUCCCAUUACGCUUUCUUUGAGGGUAACCCGAAAUGGCCUGCUUCUCAGACCCACCUCACGUACGGGUUUCUACCCGAAACCAAACAGGAUGCAAGAAACGCCGUGGCCAGAGCAUUUGACAAAUGGGCUUCCGCAACACAAUUUACAUUCUCCCAGAGCCAGGACUUUGGAAGUGCAAAUCUUAAAAUCGGGUUCCACAGUCGCGAUCACGGGGAUGGUCACCCAUUCGAUGGUCCAUUGGGGAUCCUGGCUCAUGCGUGGGCCCCAACCGACGGGAGGUUUCACUACGAUGCGGACGAGACAUGGACUGUGGGUCCCACGCCAGGUGCGUUCGAGUUGGAGACGGUGGCAUUGCAUGAAAUCGGACACCUUCUCGGGCUAGGGCACAGCUCGGUUCCGGAUGCUAUCAUGUACGCGAGCAUUGAUCAAGGGGUGGCCAAAGGUUUGCAUGGAGAUGACAUACAGGGUAUAAAGGCUUUAUACAACGUUUGAUUUGUGAUUUUGAAAUUCAGAAAAAAGGCUUCUUGGCAAGCUGCUAAUUAAUAAUGGAACAAUGAUUGUAGUACAGAUUAUAUAAAAGAAUAAAAGGUUUUGGCUUAUUAGUUGGAGUGUUAGGUUUUCCAGAAUUGCAGCUGUAGAAUAUCCCUUCAUAAAUUUCACUCGAUUUGGUUCGUAUUAGUUGGCCUUUGGUCUCAUACUCUCAUUUGCUU